AUGAAACCAAACACGCUUAUAAAUACUCAUGAUCAUGAAUGCCUGCUGUCACCAUCAAUUCUAGAAAACGAAUCUGAUAAGAUAUUAAUUUCAGUGUGUCUAACUACAAUGGAGAAUAACAACACAAAAGCUCUCCGUGAUGCUGCUUCUAAAUGGUCUCUUGCUGGAGACAAACAACUCCUGGACAUCUUACAAAACAUUCAUCAGAGUUUGAUGACAAAAUGCCAGGAGGUAAAUCAGCGGCUCGAUGAGAUGGUGACAGCGCUCGACGACGCUAGUGUCGAUCUUCAGAACACUAACAAUAAGUAAGUGUCUAAGUUCUGACACACACCACAAUAUGUCAUUUUUCUCCAGUUUAUUUUAAACUCUACUCCUAAAGCAUUAAGGUCUAAAAUGAAGUGGAGAAAUUUGACAAAUUUGUAUGAACUGACGUGUUGUAUAUGUAACCUGCAACUGAGUCGUGGUGUCUAAGUUGGCACAUAAAUAUACGCAAUUAAGGCGCCUACCACACGUGCAUGCUUGACCACAGUUUUACUUGCGCAUGCCGGCUUUGGGGUUUGCGCAUGCUACCAUUUUACCAACUACACGCACAGUGUUCAGUGUACAAGCCGGCAUGCGCAAGUAAAACUGUGGUCAAGCAUGCACGUGUGGUAGGCGCCUAAGGGAGCCUACAACAAAAAAAAAAGAUCGUCAAGGGCGAAUCCAUUUUGGGCGCAGGGAUUUUUGUAA